AUGGGUUAUCAAGAAGACCCCGAGUCAAAAGCCGUCGAGGCUCCCAACGUUUCAGACACUUCACCUGGUGUCUUGAUCGAUCACAACUCCGUCGAUAGAGAAUAUGGCCGAACCGUAAGAGGUCUCUCCCCUCGACAUGUUCAGCUCAUGGCCAUCGGUGGCUCCAUCGGUACCGGCCUGUUCGUUGGUAUCGGUGGUGUGCUCUCCAAGGCUGGUCCUCUCUCUGUCGUUCUCGGUUACUUGAUCUGGGGUGUCUUCUUCGUCUGGCCUUGUAACUUGUGUGUUGCCGAGAUGUGCUCGUAUCUUCCUAUCCGUGGUUCCAUCUUUGAGCUUGCUGCCCGUUUCGUCGACCCUGCGCUUGGAUUUGCUAUGGGAUGGACAUAUUUCUACGCCGGUCUUAUGCUUGUUUGUGUUGAAUACAGUGCCGUAGCGACACUGAUGCAAUAUUGGGUUCCUGAUAUCAAUCCUGCAGCUUGGGUCGCGAUGGCAAUGGUUGUCUGCGUUCUGCUCAACGUUGUUGCUGUCAAGUACUAUGGUGAGGCUGAAUUCAUCAUGGCGUCUCUCAAGGUUAUCCUCCUCUUCGGUCUCCUCUUCAUCACUCUCAUCACCAUGUGCGGUGGCAACCCCAAGGGCGACGCAUACGGAUUCCGAUACUGGAAGGGCGGCAAGGCUAUGCAACCCUACCAUGCCGAGGGAGAUCUUGGUAAAUUUUGUGGCUGGUGGAAGGUUGUUCUCUACGCUGGUUUCACCAUUGCUGGUCCCGAUAUGAUCUCUCUGUCCUCUGGUGAAAUUGCCAACCCUCGACGAACUAUUCCCCGAGUCGCCAAACUCAUCUUCUACCGACUUGUUGGUUUCUACGUCUUUGGUGUAUUGGCUGUCGGUAUCAUCUGCUCUUCUGAUGACAAGCGUCUGCUCGGUGCUAUUGAGAACAGCGCCGCUGGUGCUGCCGCUUCUCCCUGGGUCAUUGGCAUUGAGAACCUUGGUAUACACGGUCUCCCUAGCUUGAUCAACUUCCUCAUCCUCACCUCAGGUCUCUCUUGCGGAAACGCCUACCUCUACUCCUCUUCUCGAACCCUCUACGGUCUUGCUCGCGAUGGCCAGGCCCCUGCCUUCCUCAUGAAGUGUAACAAGGCUGGUGUCCCAAUGUACUGUGUCCUCACCGUUAGCGUCAUCAGCUGCAUCACCUUCCUUGUCGCUGGCGAAUCCUCCGUUACCGUUUUCUUCUGGUUCGUCGACCUCACCACCACCGGUCUCAUCGCCACCUACACCAUGAUGAUCGUUGUCUUCAUUGGCUGGUUCCGUGCUCGUAACGCCCAAGGCAUGGACAAGUCUGCCCUGCACUACAUCGCUCCUUUCAACCCUUGGGCUGCCUACCUCGGUCUCUUCCUCGGUGUCACUGCCCUCCUCUUCAUCGGUUUCGAUAAGUUUGAGCCCUGGAGCACUCAGGGUUUCAUCACCAGCUACUUCUGCCACGCUUAUGCUGCUAUCCUGUUCAUUGUCUGGAAGGUCAUUAAGAAGACCAAGUUUGUCAACCCCGAGACAGCCGAUCUUGUCAGUGGCAAGAAGGAGGUUGACGAGGAGUGCAAGCACUGGGAGGAGGGUGGUAUUGAAGAGAACUAUAAGCGUGAGCUUGCUGCUAUGCCUUUAUGGAAGAGAUGCUGGGAGCGUAUGUGGUAA